AUAGGUGGCAGUGUGCACCCUAAAGUGGAUGUACAAGUCUCCAGGCAACACGGAGUAGAAGAAGAAGAAUAACAAGAUGGCGGAACGAGGCUAUAGUUUCUCCCUCACCACAUUUAGCCCCUCAGGUAAACUGGUCCAGAUUGAGUAUGCCCUGGCAGCUGUUGCAGCCGGAGCUCCCUCAGUGGGCAUCAAAGCUUCCAAUGGAGUUGUCUUGGCAACAGAGAAGAAACAAAAGUCCAUUCUGUAUGAUGAGCAGAGUGUCCAUAAAGUGGAGCCCAUCACUAAACACAUAGGCAUGGUCUACAGUGGCAUGGGUCCUGACUACAGGGUUUUGGUGAGACGAGCCCGGAAGUUGGCACAACAGUACUUCCUGGUUUACCAGGAGCCAAUCCCUACAGGCCAGCUCGUCCAGAGAGUGGCCUCUGUAAUGCAGGAGUACACACAGUCCGGUGGGGUGCGUCCGUUUGGUGUUUCAUUGCUGAUUGCUGGAUGGGAUGAAGACCAACCCUACCUGUUCCAGUCAGACCCCUCUGGUGCAUAUUUUGCAUGGAAAGCCACAGCCAUGGGCAAGAACUACGUUAAUGGAAAAACAUUCCUUGAAAAAAGGUAUAACAACGAUCUGGAGUUGGAGGAUGCCAUCCACACAGCCAUCCUGACAUUGAAGGAGAGUUUUGAGGGUCAGAUGACAGAAGAAAACAUUGAGGUGGGGAUCUGCAACGAGGCCGGCUUCAAAAGACUCACCCCAGCGGAGGUGAAGGACUACCUGGCAGCCAUUGCGUGAACACCCCCUCCCUGGUGACGGGGCUCUCUGGCCACAUUUCAUGACAUAAAAGCACAGUAGCCAACUGUCUCAUGACACAUUAUUUUAAACCACAGCUAUUUGCAUAGUUUGACCCCAUUGAGGAAUGACCAAACUGUUUCUUCCCUGAAAAUAUAAGACAACCGACGCUUAACUGCCCUAUACACCAAACUAAAAAUGUGAGUUGGCAGAAUUAGGUAGCCUCUUUUGCAUUAUGCCCAGACCCUUUUUACUUUGUAACAGCACUUGUGUGUGCAGCUCUUCAGGCUAUUCGCAACGGCAUUGACUGAACAUCAGUGACUCUGCGAAAUGGCAAAUUAAUGUUAUCACAGAACUAAUUGGCGUUAUGCCUAUACUGGUACUGUGAAAUGUGACAGUUGGCUCCUGUGUAUAUGAAAAGGAAAGUGGGCUCUGAUGUGUGAAAUCUCAAGUUUCCAUUGAAUUCUUACAUUUUCUUAUACUUAUGUCAUUACUGUUGCAAAGGCAAUUCCAUCAGUUUCAAAUCAAGCAGUGUUUCUGUGUCAUUGCUCAGAAUUAAAAUGUUUGUAACCAUUGUGAAAAAUGGUCUGUUGGUGAACAAAAAGGACAAAUAUGAAAAUGAUAACGAGGGCUGUUUAUGAAAUCUCAUCUCGAGUUAUUCCUUUUAUUCACCGGACUGCACCUAAUUAGAAUCCCUGAAACACCAGAAACAAGGAUCAGUAAAGGAGGAAGGGUGCAGAUUUUACAGUUAGGAUCUGGUUGCCUGUACAGCAGUUUUACACAAUGAUUUUUUUUCAGGCUAGAAACAAUUCUAGAGUUUGUAUUUUUUUCUUCUGGUAUCUGUCGCUUAUACAAAUAAAAGACAUUCGUUAAUGUUUA